CUCAGGACAAAUGGGCGUGGCCGUUUCUGGAACCUGUAGAUGUCAAAGGUCUUAGGCUUGAUGACUAUUAUCAGAUCAUUGAGAAGCCUAUGGAUUUUAGUACUAUAAGAACAAGAAUGAAGGCUAAAGAUGGCUCUGGUUAUAAGAACGUGAGGGAGAUAUAUGCUGACGUAAGGCUGAUAUUUCAUAAUGCAAUGAAAUACAACCAUGAAAGCCAUGAUGUCCAUGUGAUGGCUAAGACCUUGCUGGAAAAAGUUGAGAAGAAAUGGCUGCAUCUUUUGCCUAAAGUUGCUAAGGCGGAGAGUGAACUCUCCAAGGAAGAAGCACAAGCUCAAGAAGCAGCUUAUGCCAAUAUGACUAGAGAAUUAGGCACUGAGCUGUCUAAGAUUGAUAUGGCUUUGACAAGUCUCAAAACAAAAGCAAUUGCAAAGUGCAGGAAACUGACACUUCCGGAGAAAUCAAUGCUUGCAAAUGCCUUCAACAAUUUGUCUCUAGAGAAUCGCGUCAAGGCAUUAGCGGUAGUUAGAGAGACCAAUCCAGAUUUUGAUGAUAGUGUUGAUACGGUGAUGCUUAACUUUGAUUCUCAGAGCGACUACACAAUGUUGAGAUUGUAUAUGUUUGUCAAAGACACGCUAGAAGUUCAAGAAGGAACAAGCGCUAUUGAUCAUGAAGACAACAUUGAGGCCGAGGAAACGAAAAACAAUGACAAAAAGAGGAAAAUUAUGUGAUUCUCAUGCCAAAGACAUGUAAUCAGAACCAAAAAAAACUAUGAUUCAGCUGUGCAACAAAUAAUGUAGUUUUUUAGUUUUGAAUGAGGUUGAUGCUCAAACUUUUUAGGUUGGACAUGCUGGUAACAAUUUACUGUAAGCUCAAUGGUGGGCAUGAAAAACCUCUUCUUUUUCUUUUUACAAUACUUGGAACAUAUUGAACUACAAUCUUAUGUACUCGGUACUUUAUGUCAUUUUAUGCAUGCUUGAAUAGAUUAAGGCCGUAGUAUA